GGAUGAGGACCUCCUCCCUCCCCUCUCCUCCACGCCCUGCACCCCCUCUGGUGUCCACCUCUUCUUUAAGUUGCUGUGCAGAACUCGACCUGUCUGUUACACUCUGCCCCACCCCCAACACUGGCCACUCAGAGAUGAAGCCCCGCCCCCCAGGACAGACAAGUGGAAAGAGGAAGGAACAGGUGUGUUUUGAAGAGCCAGUGGUCGUCAGAGAUGCCCCACAGAUGCAGCCCAUUAGAGGUCAGCUGUGGAGGACAGGAUGUUACCAUGCCCUUAGAAAGUCCGUGGAGCAUCUAGCUGAUGAAUCAAAUCAAGAUCUUGGCUGUCUGGAGAUGAUGGAGUUAAAUACCACUCUGGCUUUGAAGGCAGAGUUUCAGUCACUGCAGGAUGUAGAGUUUAAUUUCCAGAACGCCAUCCAAGAGACUCUGUAUAGGUCAGAGAGGACAAAGAACUUGAUCAAUGCAAGAGCUACUAAAGUGGUAAAUGUCUCUCGCUCACAGUCUCUCUUCAACUCUCUGGUCAGUGUCAACUUGCAGAAGGAUCAGCUGAUCAGCCUGGUGCUUCAGGACAGGCUGACCACCCGUCCCCUCUUCCAUGACAACACAGCAGCAGAUGGCCCAUCCCGCUUCCUUUUUAUGUCCUCUGACUUACUCAGACAGAAGCCCCUCCCACCAGAGGAGGACAAUGUAAAAUUGACGCCCAACCUAUCGUCACGACCCAUUUACUCAUCCUUUGACCUCUGCAGAAGACAGAGACAAUGGGAAGCCAUGCUCUGACUAAGACCUCUGAUCAGCUGGAGGUAGUAAGGUUCUUAUCAGACAGACUGAUAUGAUGUAAUUAAGUAGUAAUAAUAUUCUAAUUAGUAUUGAAAUUACUUUAAUCUGAGUAGGGUUGAGUUGAAUUCUGUGCAAUAAACUAUUUUUACCUUCACUCA